GUCCGACCUUUAUAUUGGAUAGAAAAUACAAUCACUUUCAUUGUACAUCUUCAAACAGCCACAAGAUGUUGAAACUAGUGGUUCUUUUCUGCGCAAUUGUAGUAGUAAUAUGUCAAGAAGAUACAACACUUCCUGAUGAAACUACUCCUGAACUAACCACUAUAGCACCAACUCGUAGACCUUCAGUGACCUGCCCACCAUUUGACCCAUCGAAACCUCCAGUCUACGUACCUGAUCCAGUCUACUGUGAUAUAUUUUACGAAUGCUCCGGAAGUACCCCCUUCGAGUUCCACUGUGCUCCCGGAACGAACUUCAAUAUCGAGAAAGGUCUAUGCGACUUCGGAGUUGACUGUGGAGAUCGUUCAACAACUAUUGGAACAACGACGGAAGAAACAACACCAACACCAUCAUUCUGAUAAAGAUAUGUUCAAACUUUAAUAAAACUUUAACCAUU